AUGUCAGAAAUAUUAAUUGAUUCAGAAUUAUUAUCAUGUCCCAUUUGUGCUGAUACUUUUGUGGACGCUUGCGAUACUGGUUGUGGUCACACAUUUUGCGAGUUUUGUUUAAAUAGCUGUUUAGAAUCAAAACCAGAUAAAUGUCCAGUAUGUUCGAAAGACCCAUCUCCAGUUCAUCCAGCUUUUACAAUUAGAGCAAUUUGUAAUGCAGUUGCUCCACAUGUAGUUGAAGAUCCAAGUUUAACUGUCGAAUCUGAAAAAGAAUUAGGAAAUACAUCAUAUUAUAAAAAUAAAUAUGCUCAAGCAAUUUUACAUUAUAACAACGCAAUUAAUAAAUGUACACAUACCGAUCCAAAAAAUUCAUAUUUGUAUAAUAAUAGAUCACGAUGUUUUAUUCAUUUACGUCAAUUUAGAAGAGCUAUAGAUGAUUGUGAUGAAGCAAUUAGAUUAAAUGCUGAUAAUAUAAAGGCAUAUAUGAGAAAAGGUUUAUGUUUAAGAAUGCUUGGACAUUUCGAAGAGAGCAGAGCAGCAUAUAACAAAGCAACAAUUUUAGAUAAAAAUCAGGAGUGGAAGCAACAAAUUCAGGAUGGAAUUAAAUUUUUACCAGCAUUACCACAAAAUUCCGCACAAUCAACACAAACACAACCAACACAACAAAGACAGCAACCACAACCAUACCAACAACCACAACCACAACAGCCACAAUCACAACAAUAUUAUUUCCCAUAUGGUUCUCAACAAUUUACACAACAAACUGCUUAUCCACAAUUUAAUCAACAACAUGCCAGAUAUCAAUACCCAGGUCACUACACUGUUGGUAGAUCUAGUAACUCUGCACAAAAUUUCCAUCCAAACUAUACAUACCACCAACCCGCUACACCUGUACCACAACCACAACAACCACAACAACCACAACAACCACAACCACAACCACAAAACAAUGUAAAUAAUACAACAACAACUACUACAACUAAUAAUACUAAUAGUUCAAGUAGCGUUUCAUCAGCUCCUGCAUCAACAUCAAAUACUACAUCAAAUGCAACAAAUAAUUCAUCAUCAACAUCUAACUCAUCAUCACGUUCCUCUGUUCCAGCACCACCACCACCACCACCUACAUCAUCUUCAAAUUCUAAAAGAAAUAGAUCUUCUUCGGGAACCUGCAAAAAUCAAUAA